GUAGCAGAGAAGUUCCUCCGAUGUGACAGGAAGCAAGGCCCGCGAGAUGGGCCGCAGCGAGUACAAAAGGCCGUGUCUGCGUAGCGGGACCGCGUACGCCCUUCUACCUCCCACCUCCACCACAGCAGACAAUAAUCAGUCAUGGCAAUCAUCGAGAGACGCACCAUUCGCUACAUAAUCAUCGGCGUCGUCGUAGGCGCGAUAGUCGUAUCGAUCAUUGUCCUGCCGGCCGUUCUCCCUGGCGCGCUCGGUGCCAUGGGCUUCACGCCUAUAGGCGUGCAGCUUGGUUCCACCGCAGCCGCCAUCCACUCGUCGAUCGGCCUCGUCGCCGCGGGCUCCACCUUUGCUCUCGCCCAAUCGGUCGCAAUGGGCGGCGCCAUCCCUAUCCUGUGGACACUGGGCGCCGCGGUCGUCGGGAUGCUCCUUGGAGGCGCGCUGGGCGGAUUGGCUGCUCGACUCCAGACCAUUCUGGCCCCUCACGUCGCGCGUAUGAUGCGUGGGGCACGAACGGUCGUGAGUCGCGCUGCGCGUGGUCUGAACCGCCUGGCGUCGUGCGUGAGGUCUUGGUUUUGACGUACUUCAUGUGAUGCUGGAGGAUUCUCCGUUGUGUAUGUCUAGUGUCCAUGAUACCCGAGUGUUGUAUUUGUGACUGUAAAUUGCUGCGAGAAUCGUUAUGCAUCGAUUGAUCAGUAUGGUCUUUCUGUCUA